AUGCCUCUCCGGCCCUCGCUUUUGUCACGCUGGAUCUCGCCGGCCGAGCUCCUACGAAGACCUACACUUAGAGCCGCACUCAUCCCAUCGCCAACGGGUACCAUUUACCCUAACCUGCCUCUCCUUCGCAGCCAAACAGCUUGCAAACCCACCCGGCGAUCCUUAACGACAGCGGCAAAUUAUAUCAGCCGGCCGGGAGCGCACUCUCGACCGGGCGUGCGAUCGAUCCAGCUUCCCAAACAACGGCUGAACCGGCGCUACAAUUCGGGAUCCUCCAGCAGUUCGUCACAAUCCGAGAAAGAGGCAACGUCCCUGUCGCAGCGACUGCGCAAACUAUCUCGCGAAUACGGUUGGGCAGCCGUCGGCGUGUAUUUCGGUCUCUCCGCAUUGGACUUCCCGUUCUGCUUUGCCGCCGUGCGUCUGCUGGGCGUGGAGCGGAUUGGCCACUUUGAACAUGUGGUGGUGCAAUCGGCCAAGGAUGCUUUCCACUCCGUGUGGCCCCAGUCAGAGACAAAGCCGCAGGGUGAAGGUGAGGGUGAGGAUACGCAGAACAGCCUUGUUCUUGCAGAGGAGCGGAAUCAGGAGGAAGCCAGUAUCUGGACCCAACUGGCGCUUGCCUACGCAAUCCACAAGAGCUUCAUCUUCAUUCGGGUCCCAUUGACGGCGGCUGUGACCCCCAAGAUUGUCAAGACUCUACGGCGCUGGGGUUGGGACAUUGGCAAGCGCAAGCCCAAGAACCCGUGA